AUGCGCGCAGUCGUCUACGAUAAACCUUUCGCUGUUACGGUUCGCGAUGUCGACAGGCCCAAGAUCCUGCAUCCUGAUGAUGUCAUAGUCAAAGUGACGACAACGUGUAUCUGCGGAAGUGACUUGCACAUGUAUGAAGGAAGAACAGCCGCCCAGGCUGGUAUCGUUUUUGGACACGAAAACAUGGGAGUUGUUGAUGAAGUAGGCACUGCGGUCACACUGCUUAAGAAAGGCGAUCGCGUUGUCAUGCCCUUCAACGUCGCAUGUGGCAGGUGCUUGAACUGCGAAGAAGGCCGCUCCGCCUUCUGCAAGGAGGUUAAUCCUGGUUUUGCAGGAGGCGCCUAUGGAUAUGUCGCCAUGGGUCCGUAUCCUGGUGGCCAAGCAGAAUACAUUCGCGUCCCGUUCGCCGACUUCAAUGCGCUUAAACUUCCUCCUGGAACGGAGUACGAAGAAGAUUUCGCUCUGCUUGCAGAUGUGUUCCCUACUGGUUGGCACGGCGUCCAGCUUUCGGGCUUCAAACCUGGCGAAUCCGUCGUCGUUUUCGGCGCGGGCCCGGUCGGGCUCAUGGCAGCCUACUCCGCCAUCAUACGCGGCGCCUCCGAGGUCUACGUCGUCGAUCGAGUGCCUGAGCGCCUGAACAAGGCGAGGGAGAUCGGAUGCACCCCUAUUGAUUUUAGUAAAGGCGACGCGGUGCAGCAAAUUCUCGAUUUAAGGAAUGGAGAGGAAGUCCAUCGAGGUGUCGACGCUGUCGGCUACCAAGCCACGACCGGAGACGGGAAGACCGAGCAGCCCAACGCCGUUCUCGAAGCGCUGAUCCGCGUCGUCCGUCCGACUGGAGGACUGGGUAUCCCCGGUCUGUACGUCCCGACCGAUCCGGGUGCGCCGGACUCGGCUGCUGCUAAGGGAUAUAUCUCGUUCCCGUUUGGGAAAUUAUUCGAGAAGGGAUUGUCGAUUGGCACUGGACAGUGCAACGUCAAGGCGUAUAACCGCUAUCUCCGUGACCUGAUCAUCGCAGGCAAGGCAAAGCCGUCGUUCAUCGUGUCGCACAACCUUCCCUUGGACGACGCCGCAGACGCGUAUGAUAAAUUCGACCGUCGCGUCGAUGGGUACACCAAGGUCCUGCUUCAUCCGUGA